AUGGUGUUUGAUUUCGACAUUGCAAUAAUUAGUCGUGUUUUUGUUUUUCUCCUUCCUUCCUUCCUUAACCCAGCAACUGCUACCCAAAGCACGCACUCUCAACAAAUAACAGAUCCGAAAACAGAUUUAGUUCUCGCCAGGUGCCAAUAUUUGAAUACUUGUGAUUUUUGGUGGACAUCACGGCGACCUGUUUCCUUGCCGACGACGACGAGUGAAUUUGACGGUAUAGUGACCCCAGUUAUUGAACCGGUCUUCUCAAAGGUCACCGAAGAUGUUCCAGGAGCUGAAGGGCCUGUUUUUGACAAAAAGGGCGAUUUUUAUGUCGUAGCCCCCGGAGUUGAAAAUGAAGGAAAACCUGCAGGAGAAAUCCUUCGGAUCGAUUUGAACACAGGAAAGAAGACUGUGAUCUGUAAACCAAAAGUGGAUGAUUUUGGAGGAAUUCCUGCUGGCUGCCAAUGUGAUCGUGAAAACAAUCAACUAUUUGUAGCUGACAUGAGACUAGGUUUGUUGAUUGUGCAGACAGAUGGGUCCUUUGAGCAGAUUGCCAAAAAAGAUGCUGAUGAUCGAGUGAUGCAGGGAUGUAAUGAUUGUGCCUUUGACUAUCGUGGAGAUUUGUGGAUUACUGCACCCGCAGGGGAUAUUGCACCUGCAAAAUACACCCGUUCAAUGCAGGAGAAAUUUGGCAGUGUUUACUGCUUCACCACAGACGGUGAGAUGAUCCGAAUAGACACUGGCUAUCAGUUUCCAAAUGGUAUUGCCGUUCAACAUAUGAAUGAUGGGCGUCCUCGCAAACUCAUUGUGGCAGAAACCCCAACCAAGAAACUCUGGAGUUAUGACAUCAAAGGUCCUGGGAAGGUUGAAAACAAGAAGGUGUGGGGUAAUAUUCCAGGUACUCAUGAAGGUGGUGCAGAUGGAAUGGAUUUUGAUGAGGACAACAACCUUCUUGUGGCCAACUGGGGCAGCUCGCACAUUGAAGUGUUUGGCUCAGAUGGGGGUGAGCCAAAACUAAGAAUCCGUUGCCCUUUUGCAAAACCCAGCAACUUGCAGUUCAAGCCUCAGAGCAAGACUGUUUUUGUCACAGAACAUGACAGCAAUUCUGUCUGGAAGUUUGAGUGGCAAAGAAAUGGUAAGAAACAAUUCUCUGAGACAAUGAGCAGCUUUGGCCAACUUUAA